AUGGCACCAUCAUCACGCGACCCGUCAGACAAACGGCCAAAGAGAUUCCGCUCAGAGCCUACACAGAGCUUCAUCCCCAUCUACGAACGCGCCCUGUCGCAGCGCUUCUUCGUGCUCUCCCGCACGCGGGCAGGCACACCCAGCUGUCCCGAGGAGGUCGUCGAGAUCACGGGCUCCACGGGCAACGUCUACAAUGUUCACAUCCGCCAGGUGCCGUUCUGCACGUGUCCGCACUCGAUGCAGGGCAACCAGUGCAAGCACAUUCUCUAUGUCAUGGCCAGAGUUCUCAGAGCACGCUUCGAGCUCGUCUACCAGCUCGGCCUACUCAAGGAGGAACUUCGCGAGAUCAUUGAGAAUGCACCGCCCAUCGAGGUUGGCGGCGGCAGCGACAGCAGCGACGACAGCACCGCCGCAGCCCACGAUCAGAACCGCAAGGCGAUAGAGGGCGACUGCCCGAUCUGCUUCUCGGCGCUGGUGGAGGACGAGGCCAGCGGCAGCGGCAAGGACGAUGCCGAGAUAGUCUACUGCCGGGCGCAGUGCGGCCAGAACCUGCACAGGGUGUGCUUCGAGAUCUGGGCGCGGACGAAGCGGAGCAGCGCCGGGGAGCAGGUCACGUGUCCCAUGUGUCGCACACCGUGGCAAGGGGACGACCGGAUCGUCUCGAGUAUCAAGGAAUCCGGUGUCCUCACUGAGGAGGGCUAUCUGAACGUGGCGGACCAGUUGGGCAUAAACCCACACAGAGACACAAGCACAUACUAUUCCCGAUUCCGCCUAGGAUACGGACGCCGGUGAUGCUAGGCAGCAUCAACUGUGCCGGGGAAAGCUUUUGAACGGGUUCGCUUGGGGUAUAAACAAGUCACGGCCAUUUCGGUCUGCUCUCCGAGUGUCUUUUUCACGAAGAAAUAUGAGUUAAGUUUAUGGUAGAGAGUCAGUUGAGAUGGUCAGAGGCCGUAUUGCCUGUACCCAGCACAUUUUCGAACUCUCAAUCGGUGCCACACGGUCACAAUCAGGACAUUAUCUGACGCAGUAUCACCGUUUCACAGCGAUUGAUUCGCACAUAGCGUAGCUCUGGAAAGAAGCAAGUCCAGAGAUCUGCCGAGCAAGCAGAGCCAAUAAGAAAUCUUAGAAUC